UGAUGAUGAUUGAGACUCUGAUUUCAACAGGUUUGGUGUGAGGAACUGUUUUCUCUGUCUUCCAACCUGCUGAGCCACAAUCUCAACAGAGACCAGAGUCUUUUAAAAGCGUGAGUAACAGGCACACACAUGCGCAUACACAUUGUAAAAUACACUUUAUAAACCAUGAAUUGAUAGAUUAUUUCAGUGAGUUUUUAUCAAAGAAUUUUUAUCAAAGAAAACUCAAAAACCAACAAACAAUGAUCUUUGUAGGGUGUUUUGCAUGUUUUUCCAUACAUGCAAAUGCUGCCAUAAUACUUAGAGAUAACCAAAUGUGAAUCUGAAAACAUUCCUUCAAGUUUCCGCACGUCAUAGCUGUCAAGUAUCCCAAUUUUGGCCGGGAAACUACCAUAUUUACCCUUCUUUCCUGCUGUCUUCCCAUAUUGGUAUUCUACAGUGAUAUCCUGUGUUAUAAUACAUGUACAUAAAAAACUGUAUUCUGCCUCUCCGAACUGAACUCUUUAAGUAGUGCACGCUAAGUACCCACCAAUUAGCAGUAGCUUACUGCGCUGAUCUGAGUUGGCAAGGGGGGGGUCCGAAAAUUUCACUUAUGUUCCAUACCAAAACUUGACAGGGAUGGUAGCCAUGUUCAAGUUCAAGUUCAUAAAUUUUAGGACUGAAUCCAGAUUCCACUUUUUCCUGACUGACAUUCAAUCCUAUUACAAUGUAUUAAUUAUUUUUGCUUCUUAUUAUGUCGUAUCACAGUGUGUGGCACCACACCACAGUGAUCACAGUUCUAUAGAAAGACUAAAUUUGAUAAGCUCAAUUUAGAUGAUAGUAAUUUAAAGUAAAAAAAAGACUGCAGAUUCACCCAGAUUUUACAGUGGAUGUAAAACACUGGUUAUUUUUAUUGGCCAAACACACAGUGUAAAAAUGGUCAAAAACUUGUGCCUCAUUUUGCAGCAAAGUGUCAGGCCAAUUAUUACCAGUUGGGAUUAAAAGUAGAUCGAUACAGCCUAUCAUGCACUUCAGAUAAUGCUCUACAGAUCAUUUUUUAGGGUUGUCACCUUUAACCUUUGUCUCUCUUUGUUUCAGGUAUGUCAAGUUAACUCUCCAGCCAAAUGCAGAGGGGAAAAUCCCUGUCAAGAAGUGAGCUCCUAAUUAUUACUAACUCCCUUGUCUGUAAUCAAUGUACCGUCUGUAUUAACGUUGAGGCACAUGUUACAGUAGAUGAUUGAGCAUGUGAGAAAAUGGCUCGAGGAAUUCUACCGGGACAUGAAUAAACUCAAACUUUGCUCUUUCCUGUCCCUUGCUUCCAAAAAUACACUCAAUUUCAUGUGCACUUGGGAAAGCAAAAACAGGGGCAGGAUUCAUGAAGGUGCUUAAUUCAGCACUGACCUGGUAAUCAACCACCGCUUGAGCAGGAGAUGGAUAAUAUGAAGGGAAGCUGUAUUUCAGAAAGAAACCAGGAGCUGAAUUAAGGUCAGUUUAUAAUCCUGGAAGUUGAGGAAGGAGAUGUGAAGUUUUCGGAAAGGUGGGAUUGAAGAGGUUAGCGUUUGGAGGAAGUCAAGGACAUUUAUUUCAUUGAGGUAAAAUUUGUUUGGGGUGUUUUUGAACAUCAGGAAAUGGGGAAGGAGGGGUGAAAGCUGCGUUUGGAAGUAAGAGGAGGACAUUCUGUUGUGCUCAGACAGGUUAAUUUCAGGGACAUUAAUCUGAAAGCUGUUAAAGAGGUGCAGAUAAGUUAAAAUCAGGGUCUCAGGGUGGUGACAUGGUGUCGUUAGACAUGAGCUGGUAACAGUGUAAUUAUGUUGUCCUUUGCAGUAUUGUUCGACUGUUUUCAUCAGACAGAAAGAGAGUUGAAACUGCCCUGGAGAGCUGCAAACUGCCCUAUGGACGGGUAAACACUUUUGUCUAAUUUGUAUAACAUUACUGGUGAUAAUUGGUGGAUAAAUAAGAGUUUUGUGUAGACCUAUCACAAUGUGCCAUGCAAAACCGUCUCAUUGGAGAAAGUGCAUGUAUGAAAAAAUACUUUUUUUCUGUGAUAACUUGAGUUUCUUUUUUUAUAGCAGUGAGGGUUUGUAUUUGAUUUCUUUGGAUCUCAGUGUAUGCAGGGUGGAAUUAGCACCUUAUUUAUAAAUUUCUAAAGUUUAAAAAAAAAAAAAAAGAAAAAGAAAGAAAAGCAAACGACAGCAUCUCUGCUCACACUGAAUCUCAUAGUUUGAAUAUAUUAGUUUUCUGGACUAGGUGUCCAGUGAAGAAAAGUUGGGGUAAUGAAUCAAAUGAGGGGAUUUGGUUGAUCAUUUAGAAAAAAAUAGCAUACAAGAAGAGGUAAAUAGAAGAAAUUAAAAAGGUGUCCUGCUGAUUUUCAUAUCCCUUGUCUGUCACAGGGCGACAGCAUCAAACUGGAGGACUUAACACUUGAUGUCUACAAGAACUUUCUGGACAGUUUGUGUCCUCGUACUGAGAUGGGCAACAUCUAUAAACAGCAGUAAGUCGUGACAUACUUAUUUAUCUCAUUCACUCAAAAACUGAUUGAUGCUUAACAAACUAAUCCACUGAAAUGGUUUUAUUCAAGUUUUGUUUUGCUUCAGGCUAGUUUCUUCAAGACAUGAAUAAAAGCUCAUCUUUUACAGAAUCACUUUGACUGAAUAACCUCUUUAAAUUAAAGGGAUUAAGGUUUUCAUUUCAGAUGAAGAAAAUUCUGUGAUUCAGCUGAUUAUUUUAGCUUAAAUCCCCUGUGAGGAACUUUCAGUGUAAGUCCAUUUAAGUAUUCCCGGUGGACAAAGCAGUCUUGUCCUCUAUAUGCUUCAAUAGUUUCUUUUUGACAAAUAAUCCCAUCCUGCUAACUUUUGACAAUCAAGUUCUGACAUGAAAAAUGACAAUGUAUAACUUGUCAAUUUUAUUGCUGAGAUUUUUUUUUUUAAUAUUACAGAAAGGCCUCAAUGUGAAUUUCAGUCUUUUUUAAAGUAUUUUUUGGGGCGAUUUUUGCCUUUAAUUGAUAGGAUAGGGUGAAUUGUGGGGAGAUAGAGAGAGUGGGGGAGGACAUGCAGCACAUGGUUGGGGCCAGACUUGAACCCACAACCACUAUAUCCCCAUGCAUGAGGUGCACUAUCUGGCUUGGCCGUCUGUGCACCCCUCAUGGGAACUUUUAACAAAAAAUCCUCCAGAAUAAAAUUGGUCUAAUUAAGGUCUCCCUCAAAACAUGAGCACCACCUGUAGAGAUUUUGAUUUUGGUAACCUGUCUUGUACAAUGGCUGCAAAAGUUCAAGAAAUAGCUAAAUUAAAUGAUUUAAUCUUGGUAUAAGUGGAUUUUUCAAGGAAACAAAGGAAACGUGGAUGCAAAGCUGAUCAUUACUAUUGACAAACAAUAGAGUUACAAUACAAGCUUUUUUGAGAAUACUGCAAAACCUGCUGAGACAAUAUAUUCCAGUACUUUAUAAAGGAUUUAAUACUUCUGGUACCUUUAGACAUGGUGACCUUUAACCUCAGGCUUGACUCUGCUGUGCUUCUGCAGAGGAGGAAAUGGAGGAAAGCUGUCAGUCGAACAGAUGACAGAGUUCAUCAAUAACAAACAGAGAGACCCCAGGCUCAAUGAAAUCCUAUACCCACCUCUCCGUCCUGCACAAACACACGCUGUGAUGGAGAGGUAUCAACAUGACCUGGCACUGCUGAAGCAAGGUACACACACAUACACAAACACACAAGCACAAUUUAGAAAUGUAUUCUCUCAAUGUGGACAUGAGCUGAAACUAAAAUACUCCUCUGACUCUGCCUACAUCCCCCCAGAGCCUUCACUGCUAAAAUAAGCACUUAAGGUGCUCACAUUGGGAUUACAUACUGCCAAAAAAAAAUCACUUGGCACCCACUUAAAAUCCAGUAUUGCCGCCAGCAUGAUUUCUUUUCUUCAACUUCGUCCACCCCUCACAAUGAAAAAAUAGAUGUUUUUUUUUAUCCUAACUAUAAAUGUGUGAAUCAACUUCAAGUUUUAUUUUAGGUAGGAUUGAUUUUGCAACGAUUCUGUUCCUGGAAAUGCUUCCUGGAGUAAAUUUAGACCAUUUGGAUCAUGAGAAUAGUGUCUAAAAAUUCACAAUUGUUAUAAAACCUUUGUGCAAGUGUUAAACAAUCAAUCAUAUGAGGAUCAUAUGUGUACAUGAAGCUUGUUGACCUUGUCAAUACAAAAAACACACAUCUCAUACAGCUUAUAAUAGCUAGCAGCUUACAGAAUAAUAGCUGCAAUUCGAAUAGCACAUCCAAUAAGGAUUGUGCCUUAAAGAGUGGUUGAUGAAGAAGAACUAAGAUUCGAGCAGCAAAUAUUGUGUCAUUUCUUUCUUCUCUUUACGAAAAGGGUUCAUGUUCUAUCAUUCAACCAAACUUAUGUGUUUAAUAUGCAAAAUAUCAGUAAAUAAAAAAAUAAGUGUAUGGUUGGAGGUUCCAAUCUAUGUCUGAGCUGUUUUCACAUGUGAAGGGUUAUUAACCUGGAAAAAAAUCUUUAGAAUUUUACUGAGGAGCGAUAAAAAAAAAUAUUUUGACAAAUGCCGGAGCUUUAGUGUGUGUGUGUGUGUGUGUGUGUGUGUGUGUGUGUGUGUGUGUGUGUGUGUGUGUGGGUGUGUAGGCACCAUCUCUGUCCAGGCGUUCUCCAGCUAUCUGUCCAGUGACGAGAACGGAGUCAUUCCACCUGAGAAACUGGAUCAGUCUGAAGACAUGAGCUUCCCCCUGUCUCAAUACUUUAUCAACUCAUCCCAUAAUACAUACCUGACAGGUAUACAUACACACACACGCACACACUAAAAUAACUACUCUCAAACAUAUUAACCACUUGUAGAAUUUGUUGUUUAUACACAGUAUAUAUUUAUUGCAGGUGCUGUUUGCUGUUAUAACCACUAUGAAUGGAAAAUGACUAACUGAGGCAUUGUAUUGUCUUAUCACUGUGUCAUUAUAUCCUUAUUAGAAGCAGUUACAUUUGUCAUGAUCUCAUUUUCUGUCCUUGUGUUUCAGCGGGUCAGCUGGCAGGGAGCUCAUCGGUAGAAAUGUACAGACAGGUUCUUCUUGCUGGUUGUCGCUGCGUGGAGUUAGAUGUUUGGAAAGGUCGGACAGCUGAGGAGGAGCCUGUCAUUACACACGGCUUUACCAUGACUUCAGAAAUCUCUUUUAAGGUGAGUAGUCCUCGUAGUUUUCAUCUAAGCUUACACUAUUUUUUACGGUAAGACUCGACAUGUCCUCUUCCUUUAGAUGUGGUGGACUGUUUUCUUACAUAUCAAAUUCCUAUGUCCUGGGUAUUUUUUCAGUCCUCUGAAAAAUUCUCUCUGCAUUUAGACCACUCUUAUGAACUACUGUAGGUAAAAAAAAAAAGUCAUAAUAACUAUGGAGGCAUCUCUAAAAUACAUCUGCAUGUUUGAAUGAAAGUUGUGAUGAACUCUACUUUUACUUGUACUUUCCAUAUAACUUUUGACAGCAGUGUUGAUGGCAUGUGGACAGGCUUGUAGAGAUCAACUCUUUUUCAAUCUAAACAACCUUUAACUUUGUUCAUACACAAAAGACUUAAAGGGAUACAGUGUGUUCGACCAUAAAUAAAAGUUAUGGUCAAACACACCAUAAUACAAAAUUAGACAUCCCCUCGAGAGAUAAAUGUUGCCAACCGCUUGCUUCUCUAGUUUACCAACUUUGGUAACCACCGCACAAUACAUGCAUGAAGUGAUAAUCAUAAAUGUUCUUCCUUGAGCUGCGAGACUCCGCUGCACUCUGUGAUAGACUUAUCAGGGCUCCCCCACAAACAAGCAGCUGCUGGAGGAGAGUAGGUGAGUUGUGUUUGGUCUCUUUGUUAAAGAAACCAGGCAAAGCUAAAAAGAUGUUUGGUGGCUAGUACUAUGGCUGGGACCCUAUAUGUACUGUUGAUGAAGUUAGGUGCUGUUCUGAACAUUAUUUGUGGCUAUAGAGUGGCUUUUUGGUUGAGGUUUACACGGGUAGACGUAGACCGUUGUGUAUUGCUAUCAUGCAGUCAUUGCUGAAGUUGGUAUAACUAGAGAAGCAAGCAGUUGGCAACAGUCACCUCUUGAGGGGGUGUCUAACUCGGUGUUACGGUGUGUUUGACCCUAAUUUAAUUUUAUGCCGGAAUAUCCCUUUAACUUCACAAAGAGUCACCCUGUAUGAGAAAGUACCAUUAGUGCUGAACAGUAAGUUUUGGAGUAAUAUCUGCUGCCAUACAAACAAAUCCUUUUAAAGGAAGACCUUGCAUAUUUCAGCAAGACAAUAUCAAACUGCAUCCUGCAUGUACUACAAACAACAUGGAGCCAUGGCCUUCCUGUAGAUCAGAGUCACGACUCACUGAAAACAUUCAGCGCACCAUGAAAUGAGUAACAUGAAAACAGGACCUCUUAAUGUUGACCAACUGAAAUCCACACAAUGACAUGGAUUAAUUUGCUAGUAUCAUUUCUAAAGUGCCUCUUUCUCUGAAACACCUAAUGUUUCUGUUCUACAACUACAUAUGACACACCCACUGAUUUAUUAUUUUACAUGGCGCUAAUCUCAUUUACAAUCUUUUUCCCAGGAAGUAAUAGAGGCUAUUGCAGAGUGCGCCUUCAAGACAUCGCCUUUUCCUGUCAUACUCUCCUUUGAAAACCACGUGGACUCGUGAGAAUCCCUAAAUUUAUCCGUUGAUUCAUGAGUCUGUCAAGUUGUAUGUAGCAAAUGUAUCACAAUGCAUAUCUAUCUAUCUAUCUAUCUAUCUAUCUAUCUAUCUAUCUAUCUAUCUAUCUAUCUAUCUAUCUAUCAGUUUGAAGCAGCAGGCAAAGAUGGCUGAAUAUUGUCGAUCUAUUUUUGGGGAUGCACUUUUGAUUGACCCUCUGGAGAAAUACCCUGUAAGUAACACAAAUAAACUUAAAAAAAAACCUUUUGAAAGCACUGAUAUUAGGGAAUAUUGUCUCCAAUAUAUAGAAUUAACUGUACUUGACCUGUAUUUCGGUGGUGUGUGAAUCCGUAGCUCGAGUCAGGCGUCCCUCUGCCCAGUCCUCAGGAGCUGAUGGGCAAAAUCCUCAUCAAGAACAAGAAAUCACACAAACCCGCCAACAAUACCGACACUAAAAGGCUAACUGACCAACCUGCCAAUCAGAGCAACGAACCACUGUCUCCUAGCAACAACACAGGAGGUAAGAAACAAAGAUGUGAGGAGUUUUUUCAGCCUAUAAACUCAUGAAAAAGUGUUCAGCUGUGGCGCAGGAACAGUGUCUGUAUGAAAGAAAAAAAAAACAGACCACAAAAGCUGAGUGGUUUCUUUUGGCUGACAAAAUGGAUAACACAGAAUAUUCAUGCUUUUAUUUAUUUUUAUUCAUACAGGGUUCAAAAUGUAUGCUUAGAACAGUUAGAUAAUUGUUCUUCUGAGUUUAAUAACUGCAUGGUUAUUUUCUUAUUCUCUCAAAAGUGAGCAUCUCUCUUUUAUCAUCCUCAUUUUUUUUUUAGCCUAAAAAUGGCCAAGUAUCAAUCCCGCUCUCCUCGCUGUCUUUGAUUUUCUCCUGGGCGUCAGUAGAGAUGUCUCAGUAAUGAGCUGGACAUCCCAGAGUGUCUGAAGCUCAGAGCAGCAAUUAAACAAGAGGUGUAAGUGAGGUGUAGGAGCCUCAUGGACAUGUUUGAUGUGCUAAUCUUGAAAACAGGUCUGGGACUAAGAGCCCCGACUGUAAACAAAGUACACAAAGAGCAGCAGAGUGGUUUCUGUGCUCAAGUACAAACUCUCCUUCUGACUGUGACUCUAGCCAGUGAGUGGGCUGAAUAAUAUCCUACAAAGUGGUGACUUGUUCUCAAUACUAAAGCCAUCUGUUUGGAUUGUAUUAAUGUAUUUCAAAUUCAUUUUUUAUUUCUAUUUUUUAAAUAGUUAUCACAGCACAGAUUUGUAUCUUAUAGAUGCCUCUCAUUGUUUUUCAUGUGGGUUUAUUAAAGCAUCAGGGAUAGCCUCCUGAAACUGAAAUGCGUAUUUAAUAUAUCUGUGAAGUCAAACUUAGAUCGUUGUGUUUUAUUUAUUUAAAUCGUUUUGCGCUUUUUAUUUUUAUCUGGGAAAAAGUAAGAAAAAGUGAUGAAUAGAUGAUGACCAUGAAGACUUGUUUAACUUUUUAACAGAGAUGGAGGCUGAAAGUGAGGAAGAUGAUGAUGAUGACGAUGAUGAUGGUAAAAAGGUCAGUGGUGACAUUGCUGCUGUCGCCAUUUGUAAUCUGUUCACGAGUGUUGCUCAUUUUCAUUGCGUUGAUGUUUAUUCUUUGUGCCAUCGUCAUCGUUAACCUUGUACUUUUAAUGUUGUUGUCGUCCGUUGUUUUAACUCGCUGCUUCUGCUGUGGUGGUUUGUGUACCGUGUUUGUCUUGUUUUCGUAUUGCUGUUGUUGUUUUAGCUGUAGUUGUUGUUGUUGUCUAUUGUCGGUCCACCUUGCCAUUUGGUUAAGUUUACCGUUAACUGGUUAAAUUGAGCUGGGAUUUUUUUUCACUUUUAUUUUUGACAUGAUUGUUUUCAUUUUCACAGUGAGCAGGAAAACUCAAUCAAUCAAAAUCAAAUCAAAAAGUAUUUAGUGUGCAUACAGAAUAAAAACUGUAUACUCCAAGUAUAAUUGUCUUGACCUCUGACUCAUACUCUACAUUUAAGGGGUUUAACAGAACAAAUGAAAUCUUAAUUCAGUAUGGUUCUCAGAUUUUAAGACUCAGUUCAGUACACUUUUGGUGCAGUACAGGAAACAAAUACAGUUUGUGAAGUUUCAAACAUUUAAAGAAAAAUUUAAAAGAAUAAUGCAGAACUGAGAAUGAACCCCUGGUAAGUCCCAAAUAUAGGCAGGCAUUUGUUUGGUGAUUUUAAAAGGCAUAUCACUACAUUAUGGGUAAACAUAUAAUCUAGACUUUAGGAUGUAGUGAAUUUAGGUACAGUACCCAUUGUCUAGUGUGGGUUUGCCCUACGAAGCCAAUGUAUCCUUAUUGGGGGAGCCUCAAGCAGAAAUGGGGAGUGGACUACAGAGGUCUCAUCUGAAUAACUGAAGCAGUUAAUUUAACUCCUAUCAGAGAGAUAAUAAUAAUAAUAAUAAUGCAUCAGAUUUCAUAUAGCGCUUUAUCAGAGACCCUCAAAGCGCUUUACAUUGGAUACAGUUUCAUACGACUUUUUUGUUUUAUCUUAUUUUAUUUAUUCUAAUCUAUUUUGUUUCAUUGUUUUGACAUAAUAAACUCUGGUGUGUAUCACCAGCAAAAUUUCUUUCCUUUUAAUUUUCAUCAACAGAUUAGCCGAAUGUGCGACAAACUCAUUGGGCAAUCAACAAAAAUAAAUAAAUAAACAAAUAAAAAUAUAAAAAUCAAAGACAAAAGACAUUAAACAGAUGACAAACAGCCCAGGCUUCAUUCACAAUAUGAAACCAUGGAGUACGUUUUUUUUUCAAAUGCUACAAGACACCAAAUAAACAGAAAAUUAGCCUUCCUGGAGCCGAGUAGUUUGUGGGCGUUCAAAAGAACAGUGUUCACAGGGAUUGCUUUGCUCUUUACUCUUGUUGUGUUUGAAUUACUGGUCUGUCUGAUUGGUCGGAGAGGCUGUUUUUUUUGCUCAGUGCUGCAAACUCUCCACUAUACUGUUAAAAGUUUGUCUGUGAUGGUCCUUGUUCAACCUGCUACGUUAAAAUGACAGCUACAGUCCCUUUCUAAAAAUGAAUCGAGUCCAACCAUCACCCUCAUUUUAACAUUUUUAACAUUAUUCCUGAUUUUGUUUUUCUUUUUUCUUACCUCAGGGCUCAGCAGAGCGGGAGGCUGUGGCCACAGAGGAAAUGUCCACUUUGGUUAACUACAUCCAGCCAACCAAGUUCAACUCAUUUGAAGCCUCUAAGAGUAAGAGGAGCAGAUCAGAAGCACUAUACACUAUCCUUCACAGAUUGAUGUUUCUGUGGGACAGUUCCUCUGACAGAGCUGGAAAUCUUUCAGUUUCACUUUAUGCCUCAGCUCCCUCUGUGAGAUUUACUGUGUUGAGGAAAUUCAAAGAAACAGAGAAAUGGUUUUCUUUCAUAUGUCUCUUACAUAUUGAGAGCCAAAAAUGAUUCUCAUCCCCUUACAUUGUUUGGCAGCUUACUUUUCUUUACUAAAUAGAAUUUUUGGACAAAGAAAAUCACCAACAGGGUAUUAGUGAUAGGCUUGAAAAAUAAUGUGUUGUCAAAGUCCAUACAAAGUGGUUUAAGUGAGCUGGACCAAACUUGACAGUAAACACAUACUGUAACUAUAACAUUUGUUGUUGUUGAGUAUUGUAGAAAAGGCAAUUUUCUCUGCAUUGAAUCCCAUUUAUGUGCAUUUUUCUCAGUUGAUAAAACUUUCAGUCUUCCACUUGAAGGUCUUUUAAUAGAAUAAUACUAAUUAGUCUUGUAUGCAUAGUUAAACCAUAGAAUAGGCACUAAAUUGUGCUGUAAAUCAAGGCCGGCAUAGUUUGAGAUCAUAAGUAAAAGUCAUUUCAGUUUUAUGCAAAAGAAUCAAGUUGAAAUCAAAGUAAUUACUGAAAAAUGACUGUUCCCUGUGUGUCUUUGUUUAUGUGCAGAGGCAGCCCGCUGUUACCACAUGUCGUCUUUCGUGGAGACCAAAGCUUUGGAGCAUCUCACAAAGUCACCAGUUGAGUUUGUGGAGUAUCCUUGACAACAGUAACCAUAGUUCUACUUCACCAUGGCAACCACUUCUGGACUCAGUGCUCCUCUUUCUUGCUUUUCUUAAACAUAAGAACUUUUAAUAAUUUAAUUUCAAUUUUAAGAACAGCAGAAUUAUCCUUGCAAGUCUCCAGGGAAAGUGUCUACCAUGGUAAUCAAGCCUGUGCACUGGCACUGGCAGUGAUCUUUUCAGCCAUACAUGGAAAAACAUUACCUGCAAGUUACAGUUUUUAAUGUAACAUGCAGCGUUAUAAAUGUAUUCUUUAUCUUUACCAGCUCUGUAAUUAUUCCUGACGUUUCUUCAACCAGAUAUAAUAAAUCACAGCUAAGCCGCAUCUAUCCAAAGGGGACCAGAGUCGACUCUUCCAACUUCAUGCCUCAACUCUUCUGGAAUGCCGGCUGUCAGCUGGUGGCGCUCAACUACCAAACCAUGGGUGAGAGCCCGGGCUUUGACCUCUGACCUUUAGUCUAACUUCAGGCUCUAACUCUGAAAUAGAUCCACUGGCUCCAGCCUGAUAUUUGUCUCAAAAAUCUUCUCCUCCUGGUGGGUAAAAGCUCUCAGGGAGCACCACCUUGGCUCAGUUGGUUGAGCAGAGGAGCUGCAGUUCUUGUCAAACUGGUUGUAGGUUCCAGUCCCAGUCCCAGCAUGUUAUAUUACCUGUCUCUCUCUCCAUAUUAUCUGUCUUUCUCUAACAGUCCUAUCCAAAAUAAAAGCAAACAAGCUUAAAAUAGUCUCAAAAUAUAAAAAAACUGAAACUUUAAACUUUAUCCAUGAAUAAAGAUUUAAGGUGUUUUUAACUUUGAACUUUGGUGUGCCAAUGCAAGGCUGGAAGAUGGAGUACUUGUAGUUUUGGCAAAAGUCAUACACCAUGUUUCUGUUGUAACACCUCCAAAUUUUCUCGCUCUGCUCUCACACUAUGAUGAUUUUCCUCUGAGUAUUUGGCUAUUAAUGUCCUUCGGUGGCCCUGAGGUGCAAAACACAAUGGCAAAUAGCAAAAAAAAACUACACAAAAAGAGAACACACAACAGCAAAUCAGAAAACACAACAACAUCAACCAUUGUGUUUUCUCUUUUUGUGUUGUACUUCCUGAUUUGCCGUUGUGUUUUCUUUUUUUGUGUGUUGUGUUUUCUCUUGUGCCGUCGUGCUUUCUCUUUUUGUGUUGUGUUUUCUUAUUUGCUGUGGUGUUUUGCACCUCAGGGCCACCGUACUGAAGAAAUGCAAUAGAGCCCAUAACUGAUGCUUAAAAGCUCCACAUCUUAAAGUUUGAUUAGUCAUCAUUUCUUUCCAGACUUCUCCACACAGCUCAAUCUCUUUAUGUUUGAGUACAACGGGAGGAGCGGCUACAGACUGAAGCCUGAGUUCAUGAGACGGCAUGACAAACACUUUGACCCCUUCGCAGAAAACACAGUGGACGGCAUUGUGGCCAACACCCUCUCUGUGAAGGUAUGUCUGCAGUGUUUUAUGUAGUGAAAUCCUCUGAGAUUUUAUCAUCUUUCUGCUGGAGUAAAUGUGUGAAUAUAUCCAGUGAAAGGCACACACUUUUUAUUGCUUUGAUUGUUUCUGUCUGUGUUUGUCGCAGGUGAUUUCAGGCCAGUUUCUGACUGAGAGGCGAGUUGGCGUGUAUGUGGAGAUAGAGAUGUUUGGGCUUCCCGCAGACACAAGGAGGAAAGCACUGAAGACUAAAACUUCUCAGAACAACAAUGCCGUUAAUCCUGUGUGGGAUGAAGAGCCAAUUAUCUUCAAAAAGGUGAGACACACAGGAGAAACUUAUUUCUGGAUCUGAAAUAAUGCUACCUCAACCUGAAAACCAUGACCUCCCCUCUCUCUCAGGUAAUUCUUCCCACUCUUGCCUCUCUGAGAAUCGCUGCUUUUGAGGAAGGAGGGAAGUUUAUUGGUCAUCGGAUUAUUCCAGUGUCAGCCAUAAGACCAGGUACUUAUUUUAGUCACAUUUGUCAGUCUUUUAUCAUUAGCUGUGGAAAUUUUGGAUUUUUAGUUUGACUCUUUAGGGGUUAUAUCUACCAAGACUGUUUUUUUCUCCAGUUUUUCCUCAGUAUAUGUUUGAGUUAUUGCAGAGAACCAGGCAGACGGUGAUUGUUUCAAACUGCCAAAACUUUCCUCGAAGGAAUUUUGAUGAACCACUCUUGUCUCUCUGUAAAAAUGCCAAACUUGAUUUUUUCCAACACCAAAUUUAGAUGCUUAAUGUACAAAUACACUUAAUUUCUUUUUUGCUUUAAAUCCUGUUCAGACUCAAAACUCCACAAAGUAAAUGUGACAUUAUCCAGAUGGUCACAGUUUUUUUUUAAAAAUCUUUUUUAGGUGAGUAAUCUCCUUAGAGGUGCAUCCAGAGUCCUGCUGUUUCUUAGACUUUAAGACAGCUUGCAGAAACAUGCUGCAGCUUGAAAACAUGCCAUUUACCACCUUAAAUUAAAUCCCUGUCAUGUUUAACCUAAAAUGUGUUUGUGCAUGAGUGAUUUUUGUGCAAACUGAAGUUAAGUUUUUCCUCUUUUUCUUUCUUGUCUUUAAACUUUUCUGCCAGAGUCUUGGAUUUUCUUGAAACCCUUAAAAAAAAAAACGCAUUACAGUGACAUCUGAGUCUGCACUGGUUUGUGUCCUAUAGGUUACCGCUACAUCGGCUUGAGGAAUGAGAAAAACCAAUCUCUGGUUCUGCCAGCUGUGUUCGUUUACAUCGAGGUCAAAGACUAUGUCCCAGACACCUUUGCAGGUACAAAUCUGUGCCACAUCAGACUCUCAUCUCAAGCAACGAGUUCUGGUAGUAAAGUUGUGCCAAAGAAAUAAAUGAUUUCUGUGAUUAUCAUUAUCAAGCUUAGAUCAUAGAAGCAAAACUUAAAACUGUGCAGGGUUUUUACCAAAAAUAUUAACUACAGGUAAAACAGCUUUAUUGUGUUUUAUUGGUUAUGUUUCUUUUGGAGGAGUAGAUACUUUUACUAAUAAUUCAGCUGUCUUUACGAAUACAAUGAACAAUGACCAGAUAAAUUUAAGACUCUUUUACAUUAAGUUUAGGCAAUAUCAAGAAUUCUUUGUGUAUAAUCUCCAAAAAUAUUUACAAAUGUAUUUUAAGUUUUUGUUUAUUUGGACCAGAACACUUUUACUUACAAGUUUUUUAAGCACAUAAAUGACUCAAAUUGAUUUUUAGCCCCAAAUGUUUUUUCCUCUCUGAAACACAACAAUUUUCCUACCGUAUUGGAAAUGAUGCAGCAAUAUAUAAGGCUCAGGUAUUUCCAGCUCUGUCAACAUGGGUGCAGACAAUGCUUGGUCUUUGCUCUAGUCACAUACAGGCACUCUUUGGGUAGUUCUUUUGUGAAUCAGGUAGUUCUAAAUUAAAACGUGACUGCUCUUCAAACAUUCAAAGCCACACUGUUGUGUUGUUGAGAAAGAAAUUGCCUCUAUGAUGUGUUUUUUUAUUUUUUUUUUUUAAUUUCUCUGUUUAAUUUCUUUCUAGAUGUGAUAGAAGCUUUGUCCAACCCAAUACGAUAUGUCAACCUGCUGGAGCAAAGGUCCAAACAGCUGGCAGCUCUUACAGACGACGUGGAGGAAGAAACUCCAGCAGAGGUCAGCUAUGUUUUUAUUUACUUAUCAGUUUAUUUGGCUGAGAAAACACAUCUAGGCAUUUUUACAUCUAAUUUAAGAUGCAGUGUAUAUAAGGAUACCCGCCAUGACUAAUUUGCAGUCCUUGUCCCUGGUGAGCUUUUUGAAGCAAGGCACAUAACCCAACUCUGUAUUACAGACACAAAACAGCCAAUUUAAGCAGAUAGAUGAAUUAAACAUAUACUGUAGAUGCAUACAAACUAACAGUAGAGCUGACAUAGAUGAGCUGCCACAUACAUGCAUAAGAGGCAACAGUUAAAGGGAUAUUCCUGCAUUAAAUUAAGUAAGGGUCAAACACACAUAACACCGAGUGAGACAACCCUUCAUGAAAUGAAUGUUGCCAACUGCUGGCUUCUCUAGUUAUACCAAUUUAAGUAACAACCGCACAAUAGCAAUACACAGCGGUCUACAUCUCCAAACCUCAACCAAAACGCCACUCUAUAGCCACAAAUAAUGCUCAGAACAGCACCUAACUUCAUCAACAGUACAUAUAGGGUCCCAGCCAUGGUACUAGCCAUGAAACAUCUUUUUAGCUUUGCCUGAUUUCUUUAGCAAAGAGACCAAACACAACUCACCCACUCUCCUUCAUCAGCCGCUUGUUUGUGGGGGAGCCUUGAUGAGUCGAUCACCGAGUGCAGCGGAGUUUCGCAGCUCAAGGAAGAACAUUUAUGAUUAUUGCUUCAUGGAAAUGCAAUCAGACCGAGAUGCUGAGGCAGAAGAACUACCACAUCUGCAGUGCAAAAUGAUUAUCAUGAUGAUUAUUACUUUAAUGGAAAUGAUCUGCUGCACUCGGUGAUCGGCUUGUCAGGGCUAUCGUGUGGUCGUUACUUAAGCUGGCAUAACUUAAGAAGCAAGCAGUCGGCAACAUUCAUCUCAAGAGGGGGUGUCUAACUAAGUGUUUCUGUGUGUUUAACCAUAACUUAAUUUUACGCUGGAAUAUCCCUUUAAGUAAAUACAUAUAGUAUGUGAGUUAGUGUCCACGAUUUGCUUCUCUUUAAGCCAGUUUUGUUUUGAGAGCUUUGGCUCAGGUACAGUUUUAUUUCUAACAUAGUUAUUCUAAAUGUGUGGGCCUUUAAAAGAAAAUAGGACAAGCCAAAUGCCGUUAACAGUCUCCACUAACUGCUGCUCAUACAGUGGUUCAUUUGCUGGAGUUUUUUUUUUUUCUUUUUUUUUAAUCAUUUGACUGACCACAUCAGAAUCAGUGUUAUUAACACGAAAUGUGUCAAAGCUUGCCUGAAUUCUGUAAUAGUGCCACUUUGAUGGCUUCUGAUCUGAUGUUUCAAGGGUUUAUUUGUAAAAUUACAACAAAGGUUUCAGUGCUGAUUAGUUGGCCUGGCCCCAGACAGUUACACAAUACAAGUGUGAUAAAAUUCAUUGAGUAGGCGUAUAGCAGGGCAGCCACAAUUGGUAAACAAGUCUCAUGAGUUGUAAGCAACUCAGAUUCAGCUUUUUAGUUUUUGUCACUUUUCUGUGGGUCACAUUUAAAUUGAGUAUCCAACACCUGAAUAUUUUCCUGAGUAUUUUCCUUGAAUGAACAGUUACAUCAAAAUAAUAACUGUUUUUUUUAGCCACAUAGAAAAGCACAUGGAAACUAAUUUUACACCUUUCAUAAUAAAGUUAUUUCGUAGCUAUUAUGAGACCCUGAUUAGUUGCUUAUACAAAGACUGAAGUCAUGCGUGAGGUUUUUUUUACAGAACAUGAGUAAAUUCCUUAUCAGCAAACAAAUUCACGUCUGUCUGGUAGUGAAUUUAUGUCUAGGCGAAGAGCAGUGGCCUCAAAAUGGAGCCAGGAUUGUGUUUUGAAGGACUGGUGUCAAAUGUCUUUUUCAGGUUCAAAAAUACUGCUCAUGCAAUUUAACCGUCAUCUAAUAAUUUCUCAACAGUUUCUCUGAGAUUGGUCAGUAGCUCCACCACUAAUUGUUCGAAAACUUUAGCUACUGCAGGCAGAACUUCAGCAUUUGCAGUAAAAAAAAUGAGUUUCAUAGAUUAUUUGCUGAGAUGUCUGAUGUAAUUGUUAGUUGGGAGUUUGCUACCAGUUCUUUCACUGAUCCUACAAAUUGGGUAUUCAAUGCAAUUUCAAAGCUGAUCCUACUUUACCUUUCUGUAAUUAUGUCUCCAUAGAGAUGAGCUACCUCCCAACUGUGUGAUUAACUUUGUAAAUAGGUGGUCUUUGCUUUUCUCAAUUUAUUGACCACUAUAUAUUACUUCUGUUUCAGACUGAGAUAUUUGGCUCAAACGCUGAUCUGUGCUGUUUUUAGGAAGAAGCAGAAACCACCACAGAGCGUAAGAAUGACGUGAAAUCAGUACCACUGGAGAACGGUCUCAGCCCUCCACCUGCCCCUACAGGCCACACCCCUAUCGCUACAACCCCAAAAGUCUCUGCAGCCAAUCAGCAAGCAACUACAACAGGUAGCGAUAAUCUGCAGACAGUUACACAUUCACACUCAUUCAAGGACUUUUAAAAACAAGGAAGAUUAAAACACUAUUGUGUGAAUAAGCCUCGCUUCUUAAAGUGAUUUUAAUAUUAAGGAUAAAAUCAAACUUUAUUCAUGUUUCCUUGUCUUGUUUGUGUUUUAGAAGCGGCAAAACCAGCAGCAAAGACUGAAGAUCUGGUGUUGAGUGUUUUGAUUGGUCAGUAUCAAGACUUUAUUCUUUACGUGUGUUAAAAAAUUCAUGAUGUGGCCUUAAUUUCUUUAAAGCGUCUGAAUGGAGUUUUCAUUUUCUGUUGAUUUUGGCGGCCACUAUGGACAAGCGGUAGUGUUUAAGCGUGUUUUGUCAUAAAGACAACAGGCUCCAGAAAUUAACUUUUUGUGAGCAGUAUGAAGCAACUUACUUUGUAAAUGUAUUUAAAAUGGGAAGUGAGUCUGGGUCAGCCCGCUGCAGAGUGUGAGACAGGCGUGGAGCAGCAGGACUACUGAGGUUAGUGACACAGAGCUGCUCUGUCUGCCUGUCUGUCUCUGGUGUGGAGGAGUUUCUCACUCUGUGGCUGCAGCUGUAGCAUGACACGGUGUCUGCAGGAGGCUCCUGCUGCAAGACGUUGUCACCGUUUGUAUAGUGACAGUAAUAUGCACGUUUUCAGUGCAGUAUAAAAAGGAAAAAUGUGCGUGUAGUCACUAGUCUGAAUGCUGUAAAUCGUUUCUUCGUGGUCCCGACCCGAGCAUUGGCUCCUGUUUUCCCCCUUCACUAUUAAGAAAUAGCUUAUCUUCACACAGAUGGGCUCAUUUACUGUUGCAGGUGACAGGGAGACAUCAGCAGAAACAAGAGAUUUUUUUUUUCAAAUCUAGUUAAAAGUUUCUUACAGGAAGUUUAAGUGAUUUAAAUAUAAAUAUAUAAAUAACUACAGCUGUUUGUAGAGGUAGAGAAAUAUGAAAUAUCAAUUUUAGAGCACUGUUAAAUAACUUUUUUACUUACACAAGUUAAUUUAAGUGGAGGCUACAACCCCAACAAAACUAAUCAGUCAACAUUAAAAUAACAAAAGUAAGAACAGCUGAAUGAAGACCUUAAGGAGGUUAGCUGGGCUGAUCUGUGCUUAUGAAUGUGCUAGAGUUUUGGUGGGUUGGUUUGAUUAGUGCAGGUGUUACCCUCUUAGUUAAAUAACAGAAUUCCUGAGUUUUCUGUUGUGAUUGACUAAACGUGAACAAAUCCUUCAAUUCAUCAACAGAAAAUAGGUUUAAUGAAAGUAAUACCCUGCAUUGUUACCCCUGCUUACAGAUGUCCCAUCGUGCACCAUGGAGGGUCUGCAGCAGUCAAAAGUUUACCAGAAGGAGCAGCGACGUCAGUUCAAAGAGCUGAAGGAGUUAGUGAGGAGGCACCAAAAGAAAACCUCAGAACUCCUCAGAGAAAUCAACAACAAGUACAAGAAGACGGCUAGACAGUGCAGCAAGAACAGGUACAGACAUACAGAAUGUAAACUUCAUGCAUGUAACUUCUCCUCCCCCUUUGAGUUUUUGUAAAACUCAGUCAUCUAAAAAUAUAUCAUGCUGUUUUCUUCCUAAGUUCGCUUUUUGCAGUGUUUUUAUCUGAGGCCCUUCUGUGUGUCUGAUCGUCAGGAAUUCAUGCUCGGAAAGUGAGAAAGACGAACGCCUGCAGCAGCUGAGAGACGAGCAGCAGCAGCAGCUUCUCGCUCUAAGGCAGGAGCAGUACUACAGUCAGAAGUAUCUACAAAGAGAGCACAUUAAAAUGGUAAAAAUAAUAAAAAGAAAAAAAAAAAACAUCUGUUACUGACCAUGACUCUUAGCCUGAGUCCAUGCCUCUAAAAUGUUACUUAGAACUCAUUUAAAACUUCCUUUUUAUGUCAGUAAUUUCUGAGACAAUAACAGAGUAUGAGUGAUGCACAAGAUAACUCAAAUCAGAGUCCUAGUUCCAACCAUAGACUGUAUAUAGAAUGGACGCAUGUAUGCCUCCUCGCUGGGUGAAGCCAUCCUGAGAACAGCAACCCCUGGUGACGGACUGCAGUAUAGGUCAUAAAUCCUGCCUCCUCCAGCAAUCGUGAUGGAGCUGUGGACAAACUUCCGAAAUUAAUAACACAGAAUGUACAUUUUUCUCCCCCCUGGUUGCGACGUUGACAUGUAGUCAUUGUAAGACUGGUUUAUGCUCAAGUCCUCUUUUUUUCUGUACAUCUCCUUUUUUUAAAGUUAUUAGGGGGUUCAUGUUUUCUAUCAUUGAUACUUGAUCAAGUCUCGUACGAAGAUUGCGUAGCUCACUCAGGGUAUACACUGUUUGAGUCGAGCGUCAUCACAGCGACUCUUGGUGACUCUCCUGCUGAAUGUGUACAAUGCUACUGCACAAGUGGUGGUUCCAGGAAGUGGGGAAAAAUUGCAGAAAUACUGAGAGCUUUUCGGCUUCAAAUCCUCAUACUGGCGGAAUAGACAGAACCAAGUUGUCCAUUGUAUAUACAGUCCAUGGUUCUACUUCAUUUGUUUCCUGUUUCAGAGGCCUUACAUGACUGUAGCUUGCUGCACUUUUAUCAUAACAUGAAACAAAGUUUCUAUUUCUUCCAGCUAACCGAGCGACUCAGCGGUCUGGCUGAAGAAAGUCACAACACACAGAUGAAGAAGCUCAAAGACAUCUGUGACAAGUAGGUUACAAAUACAUACCACCAAAGACUACCAACUGCUGUAAAUACCACCAUUUUUAACAUUCAAAACAGCUUUUUUUUCUCAAUACAAGCCUCCCACCAUACCGGCUCUAAUGUUUUUCCUGCUGCCGUAGGGAGAAAAAAGAGCUUAAGAGGCUGAUGGAUCGAAGGAGAACAGAGAAGAUCAACCAAGCAAAGACCAAAGAGAAACAUUUGGCUGAAGAGUACGAUCCAUAAACACACACAUAUACUCAUGCUGCAACUCACUGUAGACACCUGCUAUAGCUUCUUCAUCUACUUGAAGCACUGAUACAUCCAUCAUGAAGUGUCAAGGGAGAAAAUAUUUUGCUCACCCUCCCAUCUGACUGUGUGUUCUCAGGGAGAAGAUCGAGAUCAAUAAGUCCUACGUCAAUGAAGUCGUCCAGAACAUUAAGCGGGUGAGGAGAGAGUGAAAUCCUCCAGCUAAAGCAGCAGCAGGGUUUUUCUUUUAACAACUGCAGAGACUAUGUUUUAAAUAUAAUUCUUCUAUUCCUGAACUUUCUCUCUGUCUGACUGUUUUUCUGUCUCAAGCUGGAGGAGACUCAAGCUAAGCGGCACGAUCAGCUGGUGGAGCAGCAGAAUGAGCUCCUGCAGCAGAUACAAGACCUGAAGCCAAAGGUUCAUUAUAACUAUAAAUCAUAUUUCAAACCUCACUUUGAUUCCUCUGUGUGCUCACUGUGAAGCUCCUUGAUUUUGCAUCUUACCUCAGUGAAAUGAAACCCCUACCACAUGGCGUACUCCAUGUAUAAUUGCUCUUAACAGUAGGAAAUUUCUUGUUUGGUGGCUCCAAGCUGCUCACUGCUUAACCCUCAAACAUUUUAGGAUGGGUGCUGACGUCAAGGCAAGAUGUUAAGUGAUAUAAUGUACCCUUUGGCAGCCAUUUUUGAGCUGUAAAACAGUUGGCAGUAUGAUUCACAACAGCUGGUUGCUUCUCUAAAUGUACAGCCCAUCUGCCUAAACAGUGGAGAAUAAACAAAGCAAAUUUUUGUGUCGUUUCAGAGUGUUAACUGAUCCAUCCUUAAAGCCUCAGGCCAUCUCUGUGUUUACAUAAUCUGAAUCUAAGUGAAAGUUGUCCAAUUCUCAAUUUUCUUACCUUUCUGUAGUUGCAAGGAGUCGUGGAAGCCGAUUUCCAGGAGAAGUUCCAGUGUUUGCCGGGAGAAAUUGAAGACUUCCUGCAGGACAGGAAGGCAGAAGUUAGGGUUCACAGCAAGUCCCGCUCAUCCACACCGCAUGAAACUCUGUCAGAGGAGGAUUGAGGAGUGAGGGAGGAUGACAAGGAGGAGGAAUGAAAGGUAGCAGAGAGAGAAAAGUGCUAUGUAUCAAAACAUAAUGAAGGGGAAAAGGCAAAAAGAUUUUUAAAGACUGUUACUUUUCUUUUUAAUGGAAGAAUGCUUUACUGAUUUACUUUUUAAUCCCAUUCAAGCAUGCACUCUGCUGUACGUCAGCAUUCAAUCAGAACUCAUUUAGUCCAAUUUUCAGUUAUUUACAAGGACAACUACCCAACAGUUUGUACUGCAUGAAACAUCUAUCUAUCUAUCUAUCUAUCUAUCUAUCUAUCUAUCUAUCUAUCUAUCUAUCUAUCUAUCUAUCUAUCUAUCUAUCUAUCUAUCUAUCUAUCUAUCUAUCUAUCUAUCUAUCUGACAGUUUUGCAAUGAUUUAUUUCUAUUCACAUGUUUAAUAUCAGAAUACAACAUCAGUCUCUUGUAUACACAUUUUGGAUACACAAACAUGUUUUUCUACAGCAACUUAACAGCCACUCAACUUUAUUUUUAGUACUAAAUGUACAAACAUUCUGCCCAAAAUCCAUAUUUUAAACAAAUUCAUGAGAGAAUAAACAAAAGAAAUAUCCGUUAAACUUUCCUUAUUUUAUUUUUCUUUUUUUUUUCUAUGAGAGAGCUCGGCCGUUGAAUAUCCAGAGGUCCUGAUUGCUUCCUGGACUCUGUCAUCACAGUCACUUUCGCACAUGAACUUUCCGACUUUUUUUUAGAUAACAUCAUAGACCACUAAAGCCCUGUUAGUUUCAGGAUAUUUUCAUUCAUACGUGUGUAUCCCAGUAGGAGAUCAGCUGUGUCUGACACUCACUGCCAAAAGUUUUUCUAUUCCAAAUUAGGUUGGGGUGAGGGUGGGCAUUUAAGAGUAAAAAUCAGCAUCACUCCCCUCAGUGUAGAGAUAAUUAUUUAUCACCCUACACACUUAUUUACAGUGAGUGUUGCAGACUGUGAUGUGCUUUGUUUAAACAUAAGCUCAUCCUGACGUCACACAGAAGUUGGGAUGACUUACUCUGGAGUUGGAAGUGAAGUUGGAAGUUUUACAACCCAUCUGGACUAUGUUGGGAAAUUUUGGGAAGUGAAGUACAUGUGUGAAAGGAGCUUUUCACACUUAUAUACGUAGUUGUCCAUGUUACCACCUACACACUGCUCUGUUUUGCCUGCAGUCAGUAGGUUUUCAUUGUUGUAAUAUGGGAGGAGAAGACCCGCCCCCGUCUUGCUUUUUAUACCACCUCAUCUUACCAGGCUCAUGGGAAAAGCAAAGCAAAUUUAGGGAUAACACAGCAUAACAUAAUAAAACAGGAAGGUGCCAAAAAAAGAGUCACAGAGUUGAAUAUAUUUAACGUUACAGGACCUAAAGAAAUAAACAUUUUUAUUUAGAGUUUAACGUUGCUUUAAUGCUUUUACAAUUCUAUUUUAUUUCAUUCAAGGGCAUUUAUUGGGGCUGUUUUGUGCCAGGUUGUUCAGCUAUAUAACAAGUAGAACACUGAACAGUUUUGAGUGCCAAAAUAAUGGAUCAUGUGUGAUUACAGAGGAUAAACAGGCUCAGUACAGAACUAUCUGUAAAUUGUAAUUUACAAGUUUUAUCCUGCAGUCUGCCACUUGAUUAUUUAUUGCGUCCUAAUGGUUUGAUUAUGCACUAUGAUAUCUAUUUGUUUAUUUAUAUGCUUAUUGGGGUAAACUGACCUCAAUUUUUGUUAAGUUAUUAAGAUAAAACACAAUAUAGCAUGACUGUUAGAUAUUUUUGGACUAAUGGACUUUUACUUCACUCAUGUUUAAAUGAAGAUUGAGGAUUUAUACAGAUGUAUUAAAGAGAUGAGAGCAAAUUUUUGCAAGUAUACCAGAUUUGUGUGAAUCGAGAAAAGGGAGUUUUCUGAUAGGUUAAAGCAACUUCCAUCCAGUUCCCUCAUCACUGCUGCACUAACACUCUGACAGAUGGAUGUCCUGUUAGAUGUGGAGAAGCCUCAAAGUCUGCAUGAUUUCUUUGUUUUGAUGUUAGAGUUGUUUUGACAUACUGAACUAUUUGUUUGUUUAUUGUUAUUUUCAUGAUGGUAAAUACGGAUCGAGAAUGAGAACUAUUUAUAAAAUUGUCUAUGAGUGCUAAGUUUUUGUACAAAGUGUACAGUGAAUGGCACUCAUCACUCUUUGUACAGUGAUCUUCCAGAAAAUAUCUGUUCAAAUAUUUUCCAUGUUUUUUGCUUUUCCUCUGGAGUUAUUAAACUAAGGCUUAAGCUGUGUUCAACAACCUUUUUGCAGGGAACCCAUUGAGAUUAAACAAUCUUGGCCACGGCCUGUACCUGACCUCGUAAAGGUAGCCUGCACUGCAAUUUUCAUGGCAAUAUUUUAGACUCAGCUGCUAACCCUGUUUGCAAACACUAGAGUACCUCACUAUUCUCUCUUCACUUAGAUUAAAUUAUCUGUUCAGAUCAUGUUUAAGUCUGCAAAGUGGCUGCAGGUUCUCCAACAAAAUGCCUUGUUGAACGCACCCCUGCUUUAGUGAUCAAACUGAGCAUGCUUUAGUGUCUUUCUCUGCCAGGUGAAUUGUUUCUUGGUUUUUCUGAAUGCUAUUUUAAAUCAAAACUAUUAAAAAUAUUUGAUCAAAGAAU